UGUCUUUCCUGUCACCUGUCAGUAUAUAACACAUGUCAAAAUGUUCAAACCCAAACAAAUUAGGAGAAAUUGUAUUAUUGAAACGUAAAGUUAUCUAAACCCUCAGUUCAUUUUGAAUAAUCAAAUAAUUCACGACCAAAAUGGGGAGGCGAUCCAUCAAUACCACGAAAAGUGGAAAAUACAUGAACCCCACGGAUCAAGCACGAAAAGAGGCAAGAAAACAAGAGCUGAAGAAAAAUAAAAAGCAGAGGCAAAUGGUGAGAGCUGCUGUGCUGAAAGGAAAGGAUCCGCAACAAAUUCUGGAAGAAAUGGAGAAAAUUGAUGAAAUGGAGUACAAUGUUAACCAGCCAUCACCUUUAAACGAAAAAGUCCUCAAAGACAAACGAAAAAAGCUUCGGGAUACUUUAGAAAGAGUACUCAGUAUGUAUUAUAAAGACGACCCAGAAAAGUGGACAGACCUGAAACGGCGCCAGACUGAUUACGAGCAUAAACGCAAUCAACUCGUCACCUUCUACGAGUCUGUCAAAAGUGCUCAGCAAGUAACAGUAGACGAAAUCCCCUUACCGCAGCUUCCUCAGCAGGCCAACGCUCUACCCAAUGCCCCCGCACAGAUCCCUCUACCGACAACCGAAAGAAAGCAGGAGCACACAAUAUACUCUAUCGCAACAGCUCUUAAACUCCAAGCUCUAGGCCAGCCGGUGAGGGAGCCUCCGGGUCCCCCCCCUGGCCCAGCUCCGGACUUGAAUGAUGAUGGUGAGGUAGAGGAGUUUGGAGCAAGGCCAUCGGCGGAAGAAAAGGAGAUAGAAGCUGACGAAGCAAACAGUGACAACGAGUCUUCGGCUGUGAAACCUACUUCGCUUCAACAGAAGAUGGUAGCGCUAUCGGGGCAGAACGUCGAUGAGUUUAUGAAGGAAAUGGAGACGGUGCAGAAGAAGUUGGACAUGAACCGAGAAGAUGAUGCCAGGGCAAAGAUGUCUGUUCACAUAGAGCCUCUGGUACCACCCGGCACAGAACUACCCAUUCUACCCACCCAAACUCCCGUUCCGCCUCCCCACCUAUUCCCCAGCAGUAUACGACUUCCUCCGGGCCCCCCGCCGGGUAGGCCGCUAAUGCCGCCUGGCCCGCCUCCCGGAUUGCCCCCGCGGUUACCACUCAGGUUGCCUCAGGUCGCACCUAGAAUGAUCAGGCUAACUGGUCCGCCACAGCUUGUGCAGCCUAAUGUGCUCUCCGCUGCACCUCAGUUGAUCAACAGAUCAGAAUCAUCAAAACAGGGGGCCACGAUAUCGGCCAAACCGCAGAUCAGGAAUUUGAGCGCAGAUGUAACGAGGUUCGUUCCGUCCGCUCUGAGGGUCAAGAGGGAGGACAAGAAGCCCAUGAAGAACCCGAGCGCCUUCGCCAGAGAGAUGAAGCAAAAGGAGUUCAACAUGCACCAGAACGCCCUGGCAGGGCGUACCAAAGACGAUGCUUACAAGCUUUUCAUGCAGGAGAUGGAGCAGUUGAUGUGAGGAUUCUGCCGACUAUGAUGAAUUGUGUAACUGUAACUGUAGAUUAUGUUGAAUAUGGAUUCGAUUGUCAAAAUACAGAUUUUUUUAUAGAGUUCUUUGGUAGCUUCAAGCCGAUGAACUUGAUGAAACUCUGACGGGGUUGAUUCGGUCCUGAUGUAUAUCCAGAAGCAGUUGUUAUUCAAAACAAAUAUGUGAUAUGUGCCUAAAAGCUUCUUUUUAAUAAAUUCGACUUACAAAAUGCCAA